GGAUGUCCUGAAGGACUGGCAUGACGACACACACACCUCAAUGAUGGAUUGAGGGUGGACGCAAUGACCAGAUAACAAGAGAAUUACCUGUGUGGUGUAAGUUUGGUGGAGGGUUAUGAAGGGGAAAGGGGAGGAGUUGGGAGAAGGGAGGAGGUGUGCGAUGUGGUUGGAAGAGUAGGCGGUGAGUUGCAGUUGGAUAUUGCGAGGAAAAGCUGACGAAGAUGAAUCGGUCGUUGUCGAUCAUGAGCCGUGUGGGCACAGAUGCCCAGUACUUUGAUGAGCCAGAGGACACGGACAUCCGCCAACUUCUUGAGAGCAAAUAUGAACGCGACAAAACGGGCGCGAUGAAGCGGAUACUGGCGUUGAUGUCCUUGGGAAAGGAUGUGUCGGAGUACUUCCCGCGUGUUGUGAAGAACAUUGCGGCGCAGUCGCUGGAGUUGAAGAAACUUGUAUACAUCUACCUUGCUCGGUAUGCCGAGAGGCAGCCCGAUGAAGCCCUCAUGGCGAUCAACACGCUGCAGCGAGACCUGGUGGAUACCAAUCCGUCUGUUCGCGCGAUGGCGUUGCGGGCGAUGUCGGAAAUACGCGUUCGGGUCGCAAUGCCCUUGGUCGUCCAGGCAGUUAAGCGCUGCGCUCGCGAUCCGUCGCCGUAUGUUCGCAGGUGUGCAGCGCAUGCAAUUCUGAAGGUUCAUUUCAAUGGGUGUGACACGUUCAGCGAUUCGCUCAAAGAGCUCCUCUGUAUUCUUAUUGCUGACCCUUCGAUUGGCGUUGUGGCAGCUGCUGCGACCGCUUUCGCGACUGUGUGCUCAGAUAGACUUGCGCUGCUGGGCCCGCACUACAGAACCUUAUGUAGGCUUCUCCCAGAUCUCGAUGAGUGGGGCCAGCCUGCAUUGGCAGACUUACUCAUGCGAUAUGCCGUUGCUUGUUGGGGUCCUGCCAAAAGAAGGUGGCCAGAGGAUGGUGCUGUGGGGGCUAGCAGUCUCAAUUCCUCCUCGCUGUCGGUCCGGCACGAUGCUCCCCAUGGGCUUAGCGGGUCCAUUGGCUCGCUCACUUCGUCACCUAACAGGAGCACCCGCAAAACAACAAGUGACUCUGGGCAAAAGCAAAUCGACACAGCUUUGGAAAACGGCAGGAGGAGGGCGGGAAGAGCUGGGCAUAGGAAGCCAAGUUCUAAUUUGACGGAGGCGAGUGACGUGUUGCAUGAGAGGCAUUCCUCCGUGGCCGUUAGUGCCUCCGAGGGAGCCCAUGGGGAGAGAUCGUACAGAGAUGACACGCGGCGAAUACCUGAGGGCUUGGCACUUUUGCUCAAGUGCACGGAACCUCUUUUGUUCAGCCGCAACAACUGUGUCGUCAUGGCGGCUGUCCUCGUCUUCUACUGUCUGGCACCGAUGUCGGAUGUCAAGCGAGCUGUAAGGGCGCUGCUCUUCAUGCCUCGGUCAUCCGUUGAAAUCGAGUACGUCGUCCUGGCAAACAUCGCCACCCUGGCCUCUGAAAUGCCUCAUCUCUUUGAGUCGUGCCACAAAGAGUUCUUUGUCCGGUCCACGGACCCAUAUCGCAUCCGUCAGAUGAAGCUCCAGAUCUUGCAGACCAUUGCGACACAGAAGAACAUUGAGGAUAUACUCCGCGAGUUUGAAAUCUAUGUGCUCAACUCCAACAGACAGUUUGUCGCUGAAACGAUAAGAGCGAUUGGACAUUGUGCGUUGCAUCUUCCUUCCAUUGCUCCGGCAUGUGUCCGUGGGUUGUUGAUGCUUGCAAGGACAGUUCUGGCAAAGCCAGUCAGCAACGAGCGCGGUAAUAAGCUGCACGGCGGCGAAGGAGGGAAGGAGGAAGAAAGGAAACCUACACAUGGUCAGGAAGGUAGGACCACCACUGAUUCGGCGGCGUCACGGUCAAACCUAACAACCAUGCCGUCAGGGACAACGUCGAGAAGCCGUUCUGAUGCCGACACAGCACGUGCGACAGGAGCGAGCGGCUUGUCGACUAAGCAAUUGAAUGGGCCAUCGUCGUCAGCUUGCCUAAGCAAGGCUGAUGACGAGGAAGGCACGUCGGUUUCUUUGCCGGAGGGAAGCUUGCAGGAUGUGAGUUCUCGGCGUUUGGGUGUGCGGGGUGCCUGUCUUGUAAUGCCUGAGGAGGAGGAGUACAGAUCUGGCUCGAACGAGGCGAUGGUUGUCACGGAAGCGAUCCUUGCCAUGCACAACAUUGUGGAGACGAGUCCUGCUGCACACGAAGCACUGCUGUUGGAGCUCAUUCGCAGUCUACCGCUCAUCUCUGUGCCUCAGGCCCGGGCCACGGUCGUUGCAAUGAUGGGCCAGCAUGUCGCCAUCAGUUCCCGCCUCGGUAAAGCUAUCUUUGUCGCCCUGCGCUACAUGGCGAAGAACUUUGCCGCAGAGGAGUCGGAGACGAAGCUGCAAGUCUUAAACAGUUCUGUGAAGGUAUUCAUGCAGUCUAGGAGAUCUGAGGAUGUCAUAGUCGCAGCAACAAAUGCGAAACUCCUUUCCUACGUGACCGAUCUUGCCCGAUACGACUGGGACUACGAUAUCCGGGACCGUGCACGGAUGAUAAAACACUUGGUUUUGUCCCGUUCGGAGCUCAAGAGUUUGUCGCAGAGGGCGAAGUUGGCAUAUGCACAGGCGAGGCAAGCUGCCCGAGCACUGAAGGUCUUGCAAAAGGGACCGCAAGGUUCUGGGACCACCACGGAUUUGCUAACAGGGGACGCGCAAGGGGGUUCUGGUGCAAAGGGUUUGUUACCUACAGAGACGCAGGGGGAUUCUGGGCCAACAGGUUUAUUAACAGGGGAGGCACAGGAGGAUAUGUUAACAGGGGAGACGCAGGGGGAGAGCGAUGCCUGUGAGGGAAGGCUGGAGGAGGAGGAGGCAGGAGACGCAGGUAUUGACAGUUCACUGGAGGAUGAAGGAGAAGAGAGUCGGAUGCAAGAGAAGACGCGUGCCGGUUUUGACGAUGAAGAAAAGGAUGGAAGUGUGCAGUUGAUGGGUGAGGACGGGCAGCCUGACAGAGAGGUACCCGCACAGGAUUCGGACCAACAAGCUAGUGGGGAGGUGGACUCACCCAAGCUUCCGUCAGCUGUGGCUGUGCGAAGUCCUAUGGAACAGGUUUUGAACCCUCCUAGGGUCCGUGCUCCUCAAUCCCCGGGCCCAUAUGGGACAGGAAACCGGCGCAAAUUUUUGUUGGGUACCAUGUCCCAUGUUGUGGGACACAGGGCCCAAGGGUACGAGGAACUCCCGGCACCGAGGACAAUUCUGCCACUGACCGAAGUUGGCGCUGAUGCUGCCUGGCAAGGGGAGGACGUGGACAGUGAGGACGGUAAUCGGAAAGAAGGUGGUUCUGGCAGUGAGAGCCAGAGCGGCGGCUAUGAUGACAGCACAGGAGGGUCGGAGGGUCGACCAGAUGGCAAUAAUGAAGAGGGAGGCUUGAAGAGAUCCGGAGAGGAGGGUUCAUCGGGCGCAAGGCAUGGCGAUGGACAUCCAGGGAAUGUCGGAGGGGGAGGAGGUGGAGGAGGUGGAGGAGGUGGUCAUCAGCCUGGGUCCCCGGAAAGCUUAGGUGAGUCCAGGGGAAGAGGUGUGCGAUCAAGUGAAGAGCUCGAAGCCUGGCUUGGAGAGCGUGAAGAGGAGGACAAGGAGGUGCAGGAGGAGGAGGAGGAGGAGGAGGAGGAGGAGGAGGAAGACGACGAAGAAGGGGAGGAGCAGGAGGAGGAGGAGGAAGAGGAGGAGGAGGAGGAGGAGGAGGAGGAGGAGGAGAUACCAGAGGAGGAGGCAGAGGUGGGGGAGUAUAUAGAAGAUGGGCAUGAUAGUGGUAUCAAGGAGCAGAAAGGCAGGAAAGCGAGGCAGCUCGGUGGCGACGCAGAAGUCGGGGAGCCGGAAUUUGAGGAUGGGACCGAGAGAAACGGACCGGGAAUUGCACUCACCAAGUCGUCUGAACGCAAGUCUGGAGCUGCGGUGCGUUCUCAAAGGAAGAAGUUGCUAGACCCAAACAAUGGAGACGGGCUGGAGGUUGAGUACUUGUUCUCCCGUGCUAUCUCCGAGUACUCGAAGUCCAUGGUUUGCGUCCAGCUCUUUUUCUCGAACCGGUCGAACGGUCCUAUCCGCGAAAUCAGAGUACAAGAAGAUAACUCCUUGAGCAGAAAUGAAGGCGCAGGCAACGAGGAUGCGACAGUCGUCUCCCUUGUUGAGGUAGAUGAGCUUUUGCCAGGCCGAUCGGCAGAGGGAGCUGUGCAUGCGGACUUCAAGCAACGGUUGAAACCCGUAGAACUACGUAUAUCCUGUAGUCGGGGCGUCUUUGCAGCAAAACUGUUUCCUGUUCCAGGGGCGUUGGUGCGACCACGGGCAAUCGACACGCCGACGUUUUUGGCUACGCAAGAGAAAUUGUCAGGAUUACACAAGAAUGUACGAACGUGUCUCUUCAUUGCGCAUGCUCCACAGGACGUCCCCAUGCUGAACGUUCCCUCUCACAGCAGACCAGGUCCUUUGACGGCAGGUACUUCUUCAGACAAAGUAAACGUGAUGACAGCGGGGAGGCCGCAGCAGGAGUCGCCUUCGGCUGUACCGAUCGUUGGGGCAGUUGUACGCAGGGUGCUUAAUGCGGCGAACAUGUGGCUCGUGGACUCGUUGACCGACCUGCUUGCAUCUCUCGAGCCAGACCGCGAUCAGGGCACAGCAGCAGCUGCACAGGAGGGGAAGGAUGUGAUUAAACCAGCAGCAGGAGCUCAGGCACGGUGGCAGGUGCGGUUCAGCGGCGAGGGCUUGUGUGGCACAACAAAGUGCCUCGUCACGGUUUCGCAGGCUGACGAAGGAGGCAUAGUGAUUAAAACGGCAGGAGCCGGACGGAUGAGGCAGCAGAUUUGGUCUGUACCUGUCCAGGUACAGACAAACUGCAACGAUGCCGUUCUAGGGCUCAGCUUGCUAAAGCAGAUCGAGUCCGACCUCGGCUCGGAUGGCAGCCCUUCUUUCUGUUGAUUGGUCAACACUAACCCUUCUUUCUACUGAGCGGUCAACACUAACCCUUCUUUCUGUUGACCGGUCAACGUUAGCCCUUCUUUCUGUUGACCGGUCAACGGUAGCCCUUCUUUCUGUUGACCGAUCAACGGUAGCCCUUCUUUCUGUUGACCGGUCAACGGUCGCCCUUCUUUCUGUUGACCGGUAUGCGUGGGUCUGACCAAGACGGUUGUCCAUGCCAUGUUUCAUCGUCUGACCGAGACGGUCGUCCAUGCCAUGUUUCAUCGUCUGACGGAGACAGUCGUCCAUGCAAUUUUUCGUCAGUCGUUCUGAAUCCGCUUCGUUGAAAUUGCGGUUGGUAUUUGCAUUUUACCAUUUCUAUCUUCUUUUUCUGUUCCCCCCCCCGCCCCUUCAGAAAACAUCUGCGGAAGGCUACUGUUGGGGCCCUUGGGGGUGAUAUGGGCAUUAUUCCCCAAUAGUAGAGACCCCAUUUGUGGAUGGCUCCCAUGUAUUAGUGCGGAGCUGC